UGCUAAAUUUCAGUUAUUUUACUUAUACAUUUUAAGCACUUAUUGACUUAUUUUAUAAGUCAUUUGAUGUAAAACCUCCAACUAUUUGUAAAUAUUAGUCUUUACUAGCAAAUUAGUAUUUUAGCUAUUUUCACUUAUUAACUUAAAUAUAUUGAUAUAUCUCCUGAUGUAUAAUAGAUACUAUAUUUUAUUAUAUUAGUUAUAUUUAUAUAACAGGUUUUAAAAAGAAAAAGAAAGAAGACACAAGUGGCUUAGCUAGAGACCAAGAGCAAGAGGCGGUUAACUAAGUCAAGUAGCACAAAUUCUUAAUGACAAAGAAAGUAAGAAAAGAAAAUGGGUAACAACAUAGCAGUCAAGUGGCAGCAUAGCAGUCAAGUGGCACCACUUUAUGAACCUUAUGUUUCUUAAACCAAGUGACAAGGCACGGUACUAUACUUAAGUGUGAAGUUUUGAAAGCUUAUAAAAGGGCAACACAUCGGCCAUUCACAAUUCCAUUCUUACACUCUCACACACACGAGAGAACAGAGAGUUAAAAACAGAGGAGAAAGACAGAGAUUGAGCAUAGAACGACGGAGGAAACGAGUUGGAUGCACACCAACUAUUCGAGAAAUCAACCGGUGUUGUUAUUUCAUCUCUUUUCUUCUCAUUUGUGUAAACUAUCAUGGUAAUGAGUAGUUAAAGACACUUUUGUUGGGAUUAGGUGUAAAUUACUCUAUUAGUAUGUGUUUCUAUUGAUGAUGGUUUUAUAUAUGGUUUUAGUUGUCUCUCAAUAUUGAUGUUAUCUUUGUUUUCGUUGUUUUAAUCUUUGAUUUGAAUUGUUAUAGACAUAUGCCUUUUGAAUCUAAGAACUAGGAUAAUAUCUAUUGAACUCUAAAUUCUAGACAUAGAUUUAGGUUUAAUAUUCACUUAGAGUAUCGAAUCUUAAUGCUAUUGUAUUGAUUGACGAUCCGAGAAAUUGGAUGUUAAUAGAUGCAAUAGAUAUCUCGGCGUUAUCUGGACACGGAAACGUUCGACGAGCGAUACGUGAUAAUAUUGAUAGAUGACUAGAACUUGUGUAACUGAUUAGGGGAAUAUGUAUGAAUGAGUGAUUGAAAUCUAAUCCCAACAAUUUAAUCUCUCUGUCAAAUUAAUCAUCUUUACUACUUUCAUGUAUUCGCAACUUUCGUAAUCAACCAUCUUUGAAAUCCUUUACUUGAAAUUAUAUUAAUUGUUGAAUGGCAUCGAUAUCGCAUCAGUCCCUGUGGAGACGAUAAAAAUAUACUUACUUUUGUACUUCAACAAAAUGGCGCCGUUGCCGGGGACUGGCGUUUAGAUAUUGGAGCAUUGCAACAAUUUAUAUUCUUUUAAGUAUUUGUAUAUAUUUGUUUAUAUUGUAUAGUUUUUGCUUGUACUAAUCCUCUUUGCUAGACAAAGAAAGUUGUUUUUCUUGUUUGUUGAAUCCUUUUUCAGAUUCCCCAUUAAAAGUUAAACCAUGACUGAUUGUGGUUAUUACAACUUCUAUACUCCGGGUGAGUAUGAAUCAUAUCAACAGUUUCCUCCUUAUAAUUAUGGGCAAACUUCAGAGGCUAGAUUGGAGGAGACCAUGAUUAAAUUCAUGGAAAUGCAGCAGCAACAAAACCAACAGUGGCAACAGAUGCAAGACCAGCACCAACAAUAUCUGAAAAACAGUCUUGCACGGGCCAAAAAUUUGGAAAAUCAGCUUGUUCAGUUGGCUAAACAGUUAGCCAAUAACAAUAACCAAGGAGGAACAUUUCAAACCAACACACAAACCACUCCUGACGAGAAAGAUAAUAAUCCAAUGAAAAACGAGGAAAGUGGAGAGGGUGUGAAAGGUGUUGAAAACAAUGAGGAAGAAAGAAUGUGUGAUCGAUGUGGUAUAGAGAAAAUAGUGAUAGAAAUAAAGACACCACAUGAAGUAGAACUUCCUCAAGAGUCACCAUGUAUUAAGAAGACUAACACUGUUGAUAAUGAAGAAGUGAUGAUGGUUGCAGAAGAAAUUGAGGGAUUACUUGACAAGGAAAUAUCAAUUGAGCAAAAGAGGGAGAUGGAGAACCAGGCGUUGAUUGAUCGGGUAAUAGACGAAAUUUGUGCCUUGUUCAACAAGAAGGAAUUGGGGAGGAUAUGGACUCCGCAAUAUCUAUAUCUCAAGUUCAUGGAGUUCCUCCCAAACCGAAGGAAAAGGACAGAUGAUGUGUUGUCCGUUUCAUUUUGGCCACCCUAACAUUUCAGGCGUCGAGCUACCGACGUUAACCAAGCGCUUGUUGGGAGGCAACCCAAUUUUCUAUCCUUACUAUUUAAUUCUGCAAUUUAUCAUUUUAGAAUAUUUAGGCAUGUUUUGAAAGGUUGCUAAUGAGUCAAAACUGAACCAUUUUACCAAAUGAAAACAUUCUGCAAUUUCUGCCUGUUUUUCUGUGGAAUUCGCUGAGCGAAUCUUUUCUCGCUAAGCGAAAUGUUCAAGAUCAUUUUUUUUUGUUACGAUAAAACACUCUCAUGCUUUGUUCAUUAAAAUUCCCAACCUCUCAUCCCACAAAUCUCUCUCUCUCUCUAUGCGUUUUCAACCUCUGAACCCACACAACUCAAAGAAAUUCUUCACUUUUCCAUCAUUCAAAUCACUAUAGCACACAAAUUAAUCACUUAAUUUCUUUGGCACUCAAGUUUCAAAAUUGAAAAGGGUCAAUUUUUCCACAUUCAUUUUUGAAUCAAGAAGAGGGAGGCAUUUGCUGCACAAAUGGCAUGGCCUAUGGAAAGGCCAUUUUACUCGAAGGAGGUGAGAAGCUGCUGUUGGUACCAAGGAAAUGGAGAAGAGCCAGACAACUGACAAGAGAAAGAUUGAUCGAAAAGCUCUCCAAAACUCUGUGAACUUUAUUUUAAAUUGCUUUUGGUCAAAUUUAUGCUUUAUUUUCAAUAUCUUAAUUUAUGUUUCUCUUGUGGUCUAAACAACAUGCUGAUGGUUGAUUGAAAAAAAUGGUUCAAUUUUUUUUAUUUUUGAAUCUCAUGUGCAUAUGAAUUGAAAAAUUUAAGUUUGUGAUUAAUCAAAUUCAAAUGCAUGAUUAGAGUAAUUUUUCAAAUUGCAUUGCUUGAGGUGAAAUCUUUGUGAUUAUCUUUGAAUGAUAGGAUGAAUUUGAACUAAGUAGCUUUAUUCAAUUUGAUUUCAUUCAUUCCUUCUUAACAUGUUAAUUGAUUAUGAAUCACUUAGACAUAGCCGGGUGAGAUUGUGUGAACCUUCCAUUGUUUAUAUAUUUGAGAGCCGACAAUUGUGUUUAACUAUGUUGAUUUUAACUGAAUCUUGCUAUUACUUGAUGUGUUUGAAGUCAUGGAUAUGAUCAAGGCCUUGUUUCUUUUUGAGUGGUAACCACUUAAGCCAAAAUAACCUACCUUGUGAGUUAGUGUGAUCCUUUGCUACCCCCUUAGCCAAAAAUUUUGAAAUUUUGUUUGAUUUUGAACCCUUGAACCACAAUAAAGAAAAACAAUGACUUAACCCUUGUCUUAGGAUGAUUGAGCAUUGAAUUUAAGUAGGGUUGAAAACAAGUUGGGGAGAAAGAGGUUAUUUGU